AAGAAAUUUAGCCUGCCACGCCUGCCUGCCCCGGACCUCCAUUGCUUGGUCAAUGCGCGCGACUGGGGCUGGAAGCUCCAGCCCCAUCAAAGUUGAGGCUCUCGCGAUGGAAACGCGCCCAACCCACGACCGCAUGCCACGUUCCCAACCGGCGUAGUCCGUCGCAUCAACUCCUCGGCCGAUUGUCGCCCUAUCUAACAUCCCUCGAGAACGAAUACAAUCAGCGCCGGCCGUCAUGGGGAAGAAGAAGCGCAGUCAUCCCGACGUGGAGGAGAUUUUGGCCAGGCCCUGGUGCUUCUACUGCGAGCGAGACUUUGAGGAUCUCAAGCUUCUUAUUUCUCACCAAAAGGCGAAGCACUUCAAAUGCGACCGAUGCGGUCGCCGCCUGAAUACGGCGGGAGGUCUGGCCGUCCACAUGAACCAGGUUCACAAGGAAACGCUAGACAGGGUAGAGAACGCGAUUGACGGCCGCGAUGGCCUCGACAUCGAGAUCUUCGGAAUGGAAGGUGUCCCCGAGGAUCUCCUCAACCAGCACCGCACCAAGAUCAUCACAGACUUCUACUCGGCGCAGGAGGAGCGCCGGGCCGCAACCGGAAACCCUCCGGCCGGAACCCAGGGCCCGGCCAAGAAACUCAAAAUGGAAACACCGGAGGAGCUCAAGAAGCGGCUAGCAGAGCACAAAGCACGGAGGGCCAUGCAGAAGGCCGAUGUCGCAAGCCCCAUCCAGACCGCCAGCCCAGGCGCCUUUGUCUCACCUUUUGCGCCACCACAACAGUAUGCCCAGCCGGGAUUCCCCGGCAGCCAGGCUUACGCCGCCUCAUCUCUGCCUACCAGGCCUCCAGGCAACGUUGCAGUCGGUCAGGGGCUGCCGCAGCGGCCGCCGUACGGAGCGCACGCGGGUGCCCCACAAGGAGGCGCUUACCCGCAAUAUCCUACAUCUGCAGGCGCUGGUGUGCCAUCGACACUUGACGAUCUUGUAUCGGGAGCCGCACAGAGCGAUCAUAUCGACCAGUUGAUACGCUUGGCCGAGGCCGGCGUCAAGUCAGCGGGCGAUGGUGCUGCGGAACCCAAGAGCAAGAAGGACAAGAGCACACGCAUGGUUGUUGCUGGAUCCGCCUUCAGUCUAGAAGAGAUGAUGGUUCAGUGGAGAGGCAUAGCGACAGGGGCAUGAUCUCGGAAGGCUCCAUGACGAUCAAGACACUGGAGUUGUCGCUAGUUCCACGGGCGAGCGGCAUCGCUUAAGGAAAACUACAAGAGACAGAUAUCUUGGUGCUUUGUUUGAAUCUCACUGAACUUUCUCUAGAAUUUUGUUACUCUUUCUGAUUUGUGAUCGGCGGGCGGGCAGGCCUUUGGCUAGGAAAUCGUGAACUGAAGCUAUGUGAUGAUGAGAAGGGCCUCUGGGGUAGGUAGCACAAGGUAAUGACUACGCUCACCAUGUGAAUGCACAGAGGAGCAAUCAAAUUCUGGGUUCUGUUGGUACUAGCUGAGGAAGCUUCAUAAAGCAGGCAUGCUAGUCGAAGUAUUUGGGCACCUUGAACGAUCCCCUCCGACAGCCACUAUGUGCACCAGCCGAGAAACCCUUUAAUAGAGCACUAGAUCCUUGUG